AUGCUUGCAGUUGGAAUGCGCCGUCAGCUCGCUCCGUACGAUGGGAAGACGCAAGUGGCAGAAGGCUUGUGGACGGGCCAAUUCCUCGACGUGGCUCCGCCGUCGAGCACGCCGGGAAGCUUCGCAAUCCGUACGCUAUCGCGCGACCCCGGCUCAGUCGUAGACGAAGAUCUCGCACAGGUUCUGCAGCGUGGUGUGCGAUCCCGCGGCCUGCCUGAGCCGCUGCGUGCUCGGCGGAACGAGUAA